AUGAAUGCAGGAAUAUCAAGUAUAAUCGUGAGUCUGCAGCUCUGCAUCCAGAUCGCAGCCACAACCAGACUGGUGUGUUAUUUCACCAACUGGUCGCAGUACAGGACCGGGGUGGGCAAAUUCCUGCCUGAAAAUGUGGAUCCUUACCUGUGCACACACCUGGUGUACACCUUCGCUGUCAUCAGCCACGAGAAUGAGAUCAGUGAGCACGAGUGGAGCGAGAGAAGCCUCUACAAAUCCUUCAAUGAGCUGAAGAACAGAAACUCGAGGCUGAAGACGCUGCUGUCAGUCAGAGAGCAGAGCCACACAACCCAGUUCUCCAUCAUGAUGUCCAGCGCUGCAAACCGCCAGAAGUUCAUCCACUCCACGAUCAAGUUCCUGAGGACUCACGGGUUUGAUGGUCUGGAUCUGGACUGGGAGGAUCCUGGAUCGGGUGGAGGUUCUCCAGAAAACAAGCAGAGGUUCACUCUGCUCUGCAAGGAGCUGGCAGAGGCCUACGGAGCCGAGACGGGAGGAAACACUCACCUGCUUCUGUCUGCAGGAGUGACGGGACAGGGAUAUGAUAUCGCUGAGAUCUCCAAAUACCUGGACUUCAUCAGUGUGAAGACCUUUGACCUCCUCAGUGAUGAUGGCAGAGUGACGGCUCACCACAGUCCACUGCACAGAGGAGACAAUGCCAGCGUGGCUGGCGUCCUGCAGUUCUGGCUGGAGCGUGGAGCUCCGGCAGGGAAGCUGCUGCUGGGCUUCCCCGCACACAGCCGCUCCUUCAGGCUGGCCGGUCCUGCAGCCGGCCUGGGAGCCGCCGCCAGCGGGCCUGCAGGCCCCGCCCCCUUCAGCCAGCAGAGCGGCGUGUGGAGCCACUACGAGACCUGCUCCUUCCUGACAGGAAGUUCAGUCCAGUGGGUCGAAGGUCAGAGCGUUCCCUUCGCCAUCAAGGGGCUGGACUGGGUCGGCUUCGACAACCAGAGGAGCUACGAGGCCAAGGUUUCCUUCCUGAGGAGUCGGGGGCUGGCAGGAGCCGCGGUCUGGACGCUCGACAUGGACGACUUCUCCGGACGCUUCUGUGGGCGGGGCCAAUACCCUCUGAUAUCACACCUGAGGAGUCUGCUCAGGACAGACCAGGCGUCGCUAACGUCCCCCCUGCAGACGUCUCUUGCCACCUCCUCGCCCCUCCCUCCUGUAACGGGACGUCCCACAGAGGAGCCGUCCCGUCCCAGCAGCUCCCCCCCGCUGCAGCCGGGCAGCAGCUGCCUCCUGAACAUCAGUGUGGUCUAUCCCGAUGACGGCUUCUGCAGGCGCAGACCUGACGGGCUGUACCUGAGGUCCCGGGCCCCCCUCACCUUCUACAGCUGCCAGCACAGCCAGACGUCAGUGACCAGGUGUCACAGCCUCACCGUGCAGCACAGCGCCGCCGUGUGGACGCAGCCCGCCACCGCCAGCCUGGCAGCUGCUGCUCUGCUAGGUGGCUCUGCCUAA